AUGGUGAAAAAGGGGUCAAAAAAGUCCAAGAAGGGAAAAAAGAAAGAGUCAAUUGAGUUGAAGGAGGAAAUAAGUGAGGUGGACAAGGAAUACUUCCAAAUAAUCAUUAACGACCUUCAAGCCCAAGUUGCAAAAUUAACAGACCGCUGCCAACAACUUGAGACGCAUAACACAGGACUGCAAGGUGACUUCAGGCAGCUCGACGAGAAGAGCGCUAACGUGAUUGCGUUUUUGCGCAGGCAGUUGGACGAGAAGUGCUCUGAGAUUGUUGAACUCCAAGAAAGACUCACAGGACUUGCCCAAGCUAGAAAGUCGGAGGGUGACGCAUUUGAAAAAAGAAUUGCAGACCUCCAGCACACGGCUCAAGUAAAUGAGGAACAAUUGUCUGCAGAAAUAAAGUUGCUGAACGGAAAGUUGAAUUCGCUAGAGGAGUUUCGUCUGCAGAAAAACGAUCUGAACGAAAAAUUUGCGAAACAGGAGGAGGAAAUCAAGCAAAAAGACGUCAACCAUGAAAACGCACUGCAAGAGGUGGAGAGAAAUUUUAUAUUGAGCAAAAACAGAUUGAAGAAAGAAAUGGAGGAGCAACUUUUGAGUUUAAGCGAAAAGUUCCAGGCGGCCACGGCCACUCGGAUGGCGGCCACCACUCAAAGGGCGGUUCAUGAAAAUUUGGCGCUGACCGCCGAAGUGGCGCGAAUUCGCGCUGACGCUCUUUUCCAGAGAAGUUUGACCCAGACGCAAGAGACGAAAAUCACCGAGUUGAAAAGGGAGGUCAAAGUCCUUAAAGAUUUGCUGCAAAUGCAAAGUGGCCAGAACAGCAAAGAGAAGGAAAAAUGUAAAGUGAAGAAAUCAAAGUGCGCGGAUAAAAAGACGCAGACUGAGAAGAGGACGGCGAAAUUUGAUGAUUUCAUUCAUGAGGAUUGCGAAACUGCACCGAAAAAAUUUGAAAAAGAGGAGUAUAUUGAAGAGGAUGAAAAUAAUCAGAGUUUUGACGAUGAAACUGGCUCUCAAGAUUUGGGAUCCAGCAAACCGGCCUACUCACGCGGCAACCUUGGUUUUGUCUCAAAAUAAUAAUGUAAAAUUUAAAGGAUGAAAAUAAAUUCAUGGUCUCAAAAAUUUUCAUUUCUAAAUGCAAAUGUAUUUUCAUUGUACAGUUAGAAAAAAAUAUUCCACAUAAAUUGUAACACAAAUUGUU